AUUAUAUGAUAUCAAUCAAGUCAAGAAGCAAUUUUAAAUUAAAUCAAAAAAUUAUGGCAUGAUAAAAAUUGAUAUCAAAUCAUUAUUUAUGUUUGAUGGUCUAAAAAUUGGGUCAAUUAAGACUUCAAUAGACUAAUAUAUUACUUUAUUCGCAAUGAAAUUUUAUAUUUAUUUUGAAAAGAACCUUUUGUGUCCUAAAACAAUGAAAAAAAUUGAUCUACGACGUAUACACAGGUGUUACCUGUACCAUCAAUGUCUAAAUAAUCUAGAAUUAUGGAAUCAUGGAUGAAUAUAAGUGAGCCAAAACUCUAGAAUUCAUAUCAUUGAUACGUGGAUUAUUCAUAAGAAUAUUGAUAAUAAUGAAAUUUGCUGUAUUUUGUUUUUUCAUUUUCCAACAAUUAACUUUUGAGAUUAUCAAGGCUCAAUCAUUAAGUUCUCCACACAUUCAAUUUGAGCCGCUAAGAGGAAAAUCAUUAAAUUCUUACUCUAUUCAUCAAUAUGAAAAUGUAUCGCCAACAAACAAUGAAAAAACUGUACCAGUCUUUGAUAAAGAGUUUACACCUUACUUUGGAAGCAAGAAUGAUAUGAAUCCAAGUUUGAACAAUUUAGAACAAAAAUAUUCUUACCAUACUCAAAACACUUGGAAUCAAAAUGUUCGACCAAAUAAUGUUGAUCAAAUACCAUAUUUGAUUUACAAUUCUGGAAAUCAACCUUUGAAAAAUUCGAAUAGCAAUUAUUUACCUGGAAUUAUCACAAAAACAGGAGAUGCUGUAAAAGAAACUGCAGAUGAGAAUCACAAUGCAUUUAAAAAUAGCAUUAAUUCUUUGGUAGCAGCUGGUGUUGCUAACACAAAUGCUGGAAAAGAUUUAAUUCAGUCAGGUUUAGCUUUUGGUACUUCUUUUCCUCGAUUUGGAUCUAAAUUAUUCGGUCAAAGUGACAGCAGUCAUCAAAAAAAUGGAUUUAAUAUUGGAGGUUUUCCUUUUUAAUUAAAAGUUAUUUUUAGAAAGAUUUGACUUUCAUGUCCUUAUUUAAUUUAUUGAGUAAUAUUUCAAAAUUUAUUAUUAAUUGGAGUA